UAACUUCCGGUUCGGAGACGUGUGACGAUCUUGUAUUACAAGGAACGAUAAGGAACAACCGCUUGCAAGUUUUCGACGAAUUCAUACAAAUCCGUUCAAAAUUACGGCCUUGUCGUAGGAAAUCGGAGCAGACUAUUGUCCUUGGAAGAUCAGCAUAAUGUCUAGAGGAGAAUUUGGUAGUCGAAGACCUCGUGAUCAAGAUGAUUUUGGAGGCGGAUCAGAAUAUGAUCGCUUGUAUAAACAGGUUGGGAAUAAUGUUCAACAAAUCAACAAUAAUGUCAAUGUUAUGCAAAAGAUGGUGAAGAAACUUGGGACAACCGAAGAUGCAAUGCAAGUUCAAGACAGGCUACAGCAAACAGAGAAAACAACAAAAUCCCUUGCCGGGGAAACCAACUCCAUGCUAAAACAGCUGGCAUUUUUAGAAUCAGAUGAUCCGAGUGAACAGAAACAGAGAAAGGUUCAAGUGGGUAGACUAAGGGAUAAUUUUAUGAGUGCGCUCAAUAACUUCCAAAGUAUUCAAAGAGAAGCGGCCGAACGAGAACGGGCGUGUGUUUCACGUGCAAGAGCAGCGUCCAAUAUGGAGAACCAGGGCAAUUUUGGCCCGUCAGAUUCCAAAGGAAUUUCAUACGAUAACAGGGAUCAAUCAACGAACAUUCAAAUACAACAGGAAGAUGAGGUGGCGGUCGAGUUGAUCGAAGAAAGGGAACGAGCCAUCAGGCAACUCGAGAGUGAUAUCAUGGACGUGAACGAAAUAUUUCGAGAUUUAGGCACGAUGAUACACGAACAGGGAGAAAUUGUAGAUAAUAUCGAGUCGCACGUUGAGAGUGCUGGUUCUCAUGUCGAAGAUGCUAAUGUACAAUUGGCAAAAGCUAGUGAAUACCAAAAAGCAUCGCGGAGGAAAAUGUGUUGCCUGUUAGUCAUUUUGCUAGUGGUUGGCGGAAUAAUCGGGAUAAUAAUAUGGCAAACGACCAAGUAGUUCAUCUGCAUGGUUUCCAACAUCGGUCUCCUCAAGUGCGGUAUAUCUCUUCUUUAUUUUUUGACAAACGAAUGCAAUUUUGUUGUAUAUACUAGCUGAAAAAUCUGCACCCAGUGGUGUUUACAGAUGAACAUGUAGAAUGCAGCAUAUAGGUUAUAGAAAUUUAUAUAAUAGGAGAAAAAUAAUAGUUGAUUGAGAGGAACUAACCCAUACAAAAUACCAAGGUAUUUUAGAACUAUAAAGCACGUUAAUCACCCGUUCCGAAGAUCACUCAAUUUACACAACUCGUAUUAGAUUACAGGGAAUUUAUCAAUCAAUUCGCCAGUCAGAACGACCCCGAUUCGUCAACGCGAUAUUUCAAAAUCGACGACCUGCACGCCGAAUCUAUCUUUUUAUAUUACUCUGCAUUGCACCUUUUGACUUGUCUGGAUUGCACGACUUCCCAAAUAUCUUACCCACCUCUGUUAACCCUUAAAAAUUACAAAAAAUCGCUCCCUAUUGUCAUAUUGACUUCGAUAUAUGUAACUCCUUUGCUAUAGGACCUAUUAUAGACUUUAGAAAAAUACUAUUGCAUGAUUAUGUGACAGAAAUAUGAAUUUAAAUAUAAACUUCUUUCAUCCAUAUAUAUUUUAAUACAUGCGCUGCAAUUCACAUUUGUCACGAGAGAUACAUGUGUGUGUUUUCUGUUCCGCAAAAUAGACCUUAUGCAUAAUGACGUAGCAAACCAUGAAACCUGCAGGGAAUUCUGGUCCUAGUAGUCACGGCGGGUAAUUUUGAAGUUUGAAUUUUUCGCCUGCAGGCGUCACGGCUUGAUACGUCAUGAUGCGUAAGGUCUAUUCUCGUUACUGAUUGGUCGGAACGAGUCGGAUGAUACUCGUUAUUUGGCUGCUGACGUCAACGGCAAAAACUGUUAUCUCAAGCCAGGCUCAAGCUCAGCUUACAUUCAAAAAACGCGCGAAAAUUUGAUAUUUUUUAGAGCGUGGAAAAAUAAGGCUUGAUUGGCUUCAAAAACACUAAAAACUUCCUCACUUGACGUCGUGUAGGUUUUGUCUCGCUUUCGUCCCACAAUUUGGAUAAUUAUAUAUUUAUUAUAACAUUUUUAUUGAAGUCAAUAUCAUUAUGAAAUAGUUGUUUAAUAUUUGCUCAACCAUCACUAAAUCCGAGUCCAUUAUUUGAAAUUCUUCGACUCUUUACUGGCCUUCGGGAAUUUCGCUUAAUGCACCGGCGAGUGGUUGAACAACGAAUGUAAACGUUACGAUACUACUUCUAGAAUAAUCGUAGAUUAUAUAAUGAACUUGCGUAUUAGCAUUUAGAUUAAUUAUUAUACAAAUGUAACGAGUUGACGAAUUAUAAUCAUGUUAAUUCUUAAGUCGUAUUGUUCAAAUGUGACACGAUAUUGCUUCUUGUAUUUUGGCUGUCUGUUGGAGAAAAAAUAAUGGAAAUUUAAUAUCUGCUGCUUCGAAAUUCAAAUACAUCGCUAAACUCGAAAACAACGGCACUUGUGCACCUCUCGAAAGAUGUAAUUGCAAAGGGAAACCU